AUGACCACAAACACAUACGCCACGUGCGCAGUCUGUCUUGACGACAUCCCCAUCACGAUAUCGUUCCCAGCAGGUCCAGACGCGGUGUGCUCCGACUGUGCCAAGGAAGAGAUCGUCCCUCUCUUCCUGAAUGCGUUGAAGUAUGAGAUCCACUAUCCUCCGACCUGGGCUGGGGACCAACAUCUCCACUGGGAGCACUAUCAGGAGCUCCUCCCCAAUGACUAUGGCAUGCUCCUGGAGAAGAAGCAAUUCGAGUACUACACUCCUCUGAACGAACGCCUAUACUGCCAAAAUGUACUGUAUGCAGAUGAGCCUUUGCCGCAGGACCACAACCCGCAGGAUGAGCAAUCUCAAACAUUGGCGCUGACCAAGAAGCAGAUCGCAGACGCUAAUGACAACGGCAUCGAGACGAGGACCUGCGGAGCGUUUCGGAAGAAGACGAACUCUACCGCGGCAAAGUGCGGACACUGUGCUGGUUACGCUUGCCGCCAGUGUGGAGCUCCUCGCGAAGACGCGAAGGUCGAGACGCCCUGCCCCAAGUGCAACACAGGGAGCGAGAAGACAGACGGUGCUGAUCACUUCGAGGGUCUCAAGCGUGGGAGGGACUAUCAACUCUGCCCCAAUGCAUCUUGUGAGAUGCCAGUGUUCCUUGGUGAUGGUUGCAACCAUAUGACCUGCCCUGCUACUUUCUGCAAGACCCAGUUCUGCUACAUCUGUGGCGAGCGCACCACGGCGGAUGGUGGCCACUGGAAUGCCGAGACUUCACGAUGCCCACGCUUCAACCAGCCAGAUGCCGCGAACGCCACUUACGACCAUCCUGGACCGACUGCCGAGGAGGUGGAUCGUGCUGUUGCAGCUCAUCGUUCAAUAUUUGCGCCAUUCGAUCUACAUGAUCUCCGUGACUUCGAAGCAUCGCAGCCAACGGGGCUAGCCCGCUUCCGCCAAUGGGACUUGAAUGACGAGGAGUUCGACGCACGUCCACGAUUUCUUCAAGAUGUACUCGGGCUGCUACGCCAGGAACACCAGACUCCGUAUGCACACAGCGAGAACGGCAUCGAUCGUCUUCAUGCGAACGUCCAUCAGCUCGCUAUGGCGGUCUUCACUUAUCUAUUCAGGAUGUCGAGUCCUCAACCAAGCGAUUUCGACCUUGCAAUAGACGCUGUGUCUUUUGCACGGCUUGACAAUAUCCGACUGGAUGAUCUGGACAUACUCGCUUCCCGUUGGGGAUUCUUGCAGCUAUUCGACAAUGGUCUGUCGGUUCAGCAUCCGGCCCUGAGCAACGCUAUUCGGAUUGCUGGCAGAGUCUGGGCCGGAUGGGGUGAGUUGGUUCGAGCACAUGUCGAGCAAGUUACUGCAGCUAGGAUCCAGGACCGUCGCCGACAGUGGGAAUUUACGCCAGCGGAGAUUGCUGUCGUGCCAACGGAGGCGCGAGAGCUGAUGGGCACGCUUCGUGCUGAGCAUCAAGAAGCAUAUGCCUUCAGCUCGGUCACUUCUCUCGAUGACGCCCUCCAGUACGUCUCACAUCGCAUCGCAUUCGAGAUACACGAGGUGGUGCGAUUGUUGCACACUCAGCCAGCGCUCGAUGCGGCUCGGAACCAGACUCUUUUGAAAGGGUCAGAACUACUUGACCAGACAGAGCGUGAGCAGCAGCUUCAGAAUCUCAUUCACUCUGCGGAAAUGUGGGAGGCUGACUGGGAGGCUGCUGUGGCUCGUGAUCCAGGUUUGCAGACAACAUAUCCUAUGCUGAAUCUGGCUGUUCCAAUCUUCAGCUCGGCAAUGAGGGACUUGGCGGAAUCUGUGGGUGAUUGGGCACUGAUCCCUUCAGUGUUCAAUCAGUAG